AUGUCUCCCUUCACAAGAUCCCCAACCCUAGCGUCCCCCACCGAAGAACUACGCACCCGCUCCACCAACAGCGCCGCCGCCGCCGCCGCCGCCGCCACCACCACACCAGACUCGACCCCCACCGCCCUCAUCCUCCAAGCGCUCCGCAACCCGCACGACCUCCUCCCUUUCCUCCUCCUCCUCGGCGGCGAAGUCGUGCAAAAAGCGCUCGCGCAAGCCACCGGCCGCGGGCAGCUCGCCCCCGUCUGCUUCAGCUUCGGGUGGGCGUCGUACGCGUUCGUGGCGGCGGUGCAGCUGCUGGGCGACGGGCGGCUGAUGCCGGCGGCCGAGGUGCCCUGCAAGGUGUACAACAUGCGCAGCGCGUACGCGCGCGCGAACCGCAACUGGGUCGUCGGCCGCCUGCUGCGCGACAACGAGCUGUUCAUGGCGCGGCAGCGCGAGCGGCUGGACGUGCAGGCCGGGAGGGACCGCGGGGGGCAGCUCGGCCGCGCGCUGCGCAUCGCCAUCUACGAGCCGGCUGGUGGUGGUGGUGGCAGUGGCGAUCGGGAUCGGGCGCCGCUGAAGGGCGCGGGCGCGCCGCCGUAUGCCCGCGUGUCGCAUCUCGGGGUGACGGCGGCGCAGUGCGCGGUGGCGGUCGUGCCGUGGGUGCGGGGAGGGGAUUGGUUGCCGUUUGUCGUGACGGCGGUGGGGACGGGGUUGGCGGCGGGCAUGGGGCUGCUGCCGCAGUGGCGGGCGGAGAAGCUGCCGGAGGAGAGGACGAACCGGAAGACGUUUGCGGUGACGGCCGGGAACGGGUCCAAGGAUAUCAUGAUCAUUCGGAAUCUGGGGCUGAGCUACGACCUCGAGGAUCUGUCGACGUUUGAGAGUCCGCGGCUCUCUCGGGCGUGGCAACAGUGCGGCUUGUUCAGGAACGACGUCGGUGGGGAGCCUUUCGUCCGGACGUUCAACGGCCUUCCGCUCGAUUUCUGGUUUACUCGGAUUGUGUGCUUUUCCCUUGCGGUGGGGUGGCUGGUGCUCUUGCUGCUUGUGGCAGGGAUGAAGCGGAAUUCCUGGUACCUGUUCGUCGUGGCCGCUCUCGGGAUGAUGCAGAACAUCUACGUUGCUGGAUGCAGUGUGCAUCCUGAGAUGCAGCUGAUUCCCCUGAUACUCCGGGAUCAGAUCUUGGGCAACAAGGUCAUGGAUGCCUUGAUGGAUCUGGAAGUCACCCUGGAAAGAGACCCGCUGUUCGGAGAGGUUGAGAGAGAAGCCAUUGUGGAGCCCUUGAUCAAGGAAUAUUUCCCGGGCAGGUUGCGCAAAGACAAUGGUGAGAUUGAGUGGUGGGCUGGUCACAGAGACCACUACGACCGAGACCGCUUGAACCGAAAGACCAGCAGCGGCUUGUCAAGAGGCGUGCCUCGGAGUCGGUGGUUUGUUACAGACCCUGAUCUGGAGAAGGAUCUGGUUGAUACGAGUUCCGUCGAGCUCCUACAAGAUGAGAACGAGGGGAUUUCGCAUCAUGCCUCACAAACGGACGUGCAGGAGCCGUCUCACAUCAGAGUGGAGGAAACACAGCAGCUGCAUCAGAGGCACAGAACUUCGCAUGGCACUAUGUACAACGUUGGCAUAACCUCAGGAAUGACGUAA